AUGUCCAGGUCAGACGCAGACCCUGGAAAGAAUUCGGAGCCCAGUAAGAGCAAGAUGAGCCUGGAGCUGAGGCCAACAGCCCCCAGCGACCAGGGCCGCCUCAACGAAGCCUUCCAGGAUGAAGACCUGGAAGAGCAGAACGCUCCAGGAAACAGCACAGUCAGGAGCAGAGUUGUACAGAGUGGGGAGCAAGGACGGGCCAAACAGGACGACAGGCAGAUCACGAUUGAGCAGGAGCCUGUAGGACCCAAAGAAGGCACGGAGGAAGAGGGCGAAGAUGAACGUCAGAAAGGGUUCUUGGAAAGGAAGUAUGAUACGGUUUGUGAGUUUUGUAGAAAGCACAGAGUCAUUCUCCAGCACACCAUCUGGGCAGUUUUACUGACAGGUUUCCUGGCCCUGGUGAUUGCAGCCUGUGCACUAAAUUUCCACCGAGCCCUUCCCCUUUUUGUGAUCACCUUGGUGACCAUCUUCUUCGUCGUCUGGGAUCGCUUGAUGGCCAAAUACGAACAGCGAAUCGAUGAUGUCCUGUCUCCCGGCAAAAGGCUGCUUGAGAGGCAUUGGUUCUGGCUGAAAUGGGUGGUCUGGUGCUCACUGAUCUUGGCGAUCAUUCUCUGGCUGGCUCUAGACACCGCCAGGCUGGGCCAACAGCAGCUGAUAUCCUUUGGUGGGCUCGUCAUGUAUAUUGUUCUGCUAUUCCUGUUUUCCAAGCAUCCGACCCGAGUUUACUGGAGGCCUGUCUUUUGGGGAAUUGGACUGCAGUUUCUUCUUGGGCUCUUAAUUAUAAGGACUAGGCCUGGAUUUGUUGCUUUUGAUUGGAUGGGGAAACAAGUUCAGACUUUUCUGGGCUACACUGAUGCUGGAGCCCAGUUUGUCUUUGGAGAAAAGUAUACAGACCACUUCUUUGCAUUUAAGAUCCUUCCCAUUGUGGUUUUCUUCAGCACCGUGAUGUCUAUGCUCUAUUAUCUGGGACUGAUGCAGUGGAUCAUCAGAAAGGUUGGGUGGCUAAUGCUUGUCACUAUGGGGUCAUCUCCCAUUGAGUCCGUAGUAGCUGCUGGCAACAUAUUUGUUGGGCAAACAGAGUCUCCACUACUGGUUCAACCAUAUUUACCACACGUCACCAAGUCAGAACUGCACACCAUCAUGACAGCUGGUUUUGCCACGAUUGCUGGGAGCGUGUUGGGCGCGUACAUCUCUUUUGGGGUGUCAUCUACACAUUUGCUCACCGCCUCUGUCAUGUCGGCGCCCGCAGCCCUGGCUGUGGCCAAACUCUUUUGGCCUGAAACAGAGAAACCCAAAAUAACCCUCAAGAAUGCCAUGAAAAUGGAAAAUGGUGAUUCGCGGAAUCUCCUGGAGGCGGCCACGCAGGGUGCAUCUUCGUCCAUCCCCCUGGUGGCAAACAUCGCUGCAAAUCUGAUCGCCUUCCUGGCCUUGCUUUCCUUUGUGAACUCCGCUCUGUCUUGGUUUGGAAGCAUGUUCGACUACCCACAGCUGAGUUUCGAGCUCAUCUGUUCUUACAUCUUCAUGCCCUUCUCCUUCAUGAUGGGAGUUGACUGGCAAGACAGCUUUAUGGUCGCCAAACUCAUAGGCUACAAGACGUUCUUCAAUGAAUUUGUGGCUUAUGAACACCUCUCAAAAUUCAUCAAUUUGAGGAAAGCGGCUGGGCCCAAAUUUGUGAAUGGCGUGCAGCAAUAUAUGUCAAUUCGCUCGGAGACCAUCGCAACUUACGCCCUCUGUGGUUUUGCCAAUUUCGGUUCCCUAGGAAUAGUGAUCGGUGGACUUACAUCCAUAGCUCCGUCCAGAAAGCGAGACAUUGCCUCAGGAGCCAUGAGAGCCCUGAUUGCUGGGACCAUUGCCUGCUUCAUGACAGCCUGCAUCGCUGGCAUGCUCUCUGACACCCCGGUGGCUAUCAACUGCUACCAUGUUCUAGAGAGCAGCAAAGUACUCAGCAACACAACUGAAGUAGCGUCUUGCUGUCAAGACCUGUUCAACAGCACUGUUGCCAAGGGACCAAAUGACAUCCUCCCAGGAGAGAACUUCAGCCUCUACGCUUUGAAGAGCUGCUGCAACCUGCUGAAACCACCAACGCUGAACUGCGGUUGGAUCCCUAACAUACCGUGA